AUGACUGAGUGGCUUGGGAAUAAGACGGUCGUCGUCACCGGCGGCUCGUCAGGGAUGGGCUACCAAAUUGUCAGCAAACUACUUUCGGUCGGUGCUACUGUGCAUAUCAUCGACAUUCAGCAAUUGUCCAAAGAUCAUGCCGAGUACCCUACCACUGGCAAACUUCACAAACAUAUUCCGGUCGAUCUUGCAUCUCGUCAGCAGGUCGCGGCCUCAUUUAAGAAGGUCUACGAAAUAUCUCCAGAUGUUUAUGGCCUGGUCAAUACUGCCGGGGCCGCGCCAGCCGACGACGCAGGCCGCCUGAUCGAGAGCGAUCCCGUCUACGACAAGACGUUCGCAAUCAAUACAAACGGCUGCUACUACGCCACCACCGAGUUCCUUGCUAGAGUACGCGAGCAGGUCAAGCCUGCGGCCGAGAACGCGCCUAUCCAUGAGACCAAGCACAACAUUGUCACAUUCGGAUCAAGCGCUGCUCUAAUCGGGUUCCCUCAGUGCGCCGUUUACAGUGCCGCCAAGCACGCUGUCCUUGGUCUCACACGGAUGUGGGCUCUUGACUGA